AUGUAUAACACGAAAUCAAACAUAGGUAUAGGACAUAAAAACCACAAGACCAAUCCGACGGUUGACAACAAGAGACUAACAAUUGUUGAUCUCGAUGAACCGUCGAUUCUCCAGGCGGCACUGAAGCCACCAGUGUCUCGCUGGUGUUUAGUGGUCGACGGUGGAGAUGUUGUGCCGUUGAAGUUAGGGUUUGCACCGUACAAGUAUUGGAUUCCUUCCACGUCAUCAUUGGUUAAGUCAACCUUACGUUUCCCUGUCGUGAUCGUUGGAUACAUGAUGGAUUCCUCAACUGAAGAAUGUCCUAAACCUAGAAGAUGA